UUCCUAUUUACUCUGUCACUACGGCUGGCGGUCACUUCGCUCUCUGACUAGAGCCCGAGGACGCUAGGAGGGUCUGUCACUAGGAGACUUCAGGCUGUGAGCACUGCCAUGGCCCCCGUGCUUAGCAAGGACGCGGCGGACAUCGAGAGUAUCCUGGCUUUAAAUCCUCGAACACAAACUCAUGCAAUGCUGCGUUCCACUUCAGCCAAGAAAGUAGACAAGAAACACUGGAAAAGAAAUACUGAUAAAAACUGCAUUAAAUGCGAGAAGCUGGAGAAUAAUUUUGAUGACAUCAAGCACACGACUCUUGGUGAGCGAGGAGCUCUCCGAGAAGCAAUGAGGUGCCUGAAAUGUGCAGAUGCCCCCUGUCAGAAGAGCUGUCCAACCAAUCUAGAUAUCAAAUCAUUCAUCACAAGUAUUGCAAACAAGAACUAUUAUGGAGCUGCUAAGAUGAUUUUUUCUGACAACCCACUUGGUCUGACCUGUGGAAUGGUAUGUCCAACUUCUGAUCUUUGUGUAGGUGGAUGCAAUUUGUAUGCCACUGAAGAAGGACCAAUUAAUAUUGGUGGAUUGCAGCAGUUUGCUACCGAGGUGUUCAAAGCAAUGAAUAUCACACAAAUUCGGAAUCUUUCUCUGCCUCCUCCAGAAAAAAUGCCUGAAGCCUAUUCUGCAAAGAUUGCCCUUUUUGGUGCUGGGCCUGCAAGUAUAAGUUGUGCUUCCUUUUUGGCUCGAUUAGGCUACUCUGACAUCACUAUCUUUGAAAAACAAGAAUAUGUUGGUGGUUUAAGUAUUUCUGAAAUCCCUCAGUUCCGGCUACCAUAUGAUGCAGUGAAUUUUGAGAUUGAACUUAUGAAGGACCUUGGUGUAAAGAUAAUUUGUGGCAAAAGCCUUUCAGCAAAUGAAAUGACUCUUAGCACUUUGAAAGAAGAAGGGUACAAAGCUGCUUUCAUUGGAAUAGGUUUGCCAGACCCUAAUAAAAACCAGAUCUUCAAAGACCUGACGCAGAACCACGGAUUUUACACAUCCAAAGACUUUUUGCCACUUGUAGCCAAAAGCAGUAAAGCAGGAAUGUGCGCCUGUCACUCUCCAUUGCCAUCGAUACGGGGAGUCGUGAUUGUACUCGGAGCUGGAGACACUGCUUUCGACUGUGCAACAUCCGCUUUAUGUUGUGGAGCACGCCGCGUGUUCAUCGUCUUCAGAAAAGGCUUUGUUAAUAUAAGAGCUGUCCCCGAGGAGGUGGAGCUUGCUAAGGAAAAAAAGUGUGAAUUCUUGCCUUUCUUGUCCCCACGGAAGGUUAUAUUGAAAGAAGGGAGAAUUGUCGCCAUGCAAUUUGUUCGGACAGAACAAGAUGAAACUGGAAACUGGCAUGAACAUGAAGAUGAGAUAGUCCGUCUGAAAGCCGAUGUGGUCAUCAGUGCCUUUGGUUCAGUUCUGAGUGAUCCUACAGUAAAAGAAGCCUUGAGCCCUCUAAAAUUUAACAGAUGGGAUCUCCCAGAAGUAGAUCCAGAAACUAUGCAAACCAGUGAACCAUGGGUGUUUGCAGGUGGUGAUAUUGUUGGUGUGGCUAAUACUACAGUGGAAUCAGUGAAUGAUGGAAAGCAAGCUUCUUGGUACAUUCACAAAUAUAUACAGUCGCAAUAUGGAGCUACGGUUGCUGCCAAGCCUGAACUGCCCCUCUUUUACACUCCUGUUGAUCUGGUGGACAUUAGUGUGGAAAUGGCUGGACUGAAGUUUAUAAACCCUUUUGGUCUUGCUAGUGCUACUCCAGCUACCAGUACAUCAAUGAUUCGAAGAGCUUUUGAAGCUGGAUGGGGUUUUGCCCUGACCAAAACUUUCUCUCUUGAUAAGGACAUUGUGACAAAUGUUUCGCCUAGAAUCAUCCGAGGGACUACCUCCGGCCCCAUGUAUGGCCCUGGACAAAGCUCCUUCCUGAAUAUUGAGCUCAUCAGUGAAAAAACGGCUGCAUAUUGGUGUCAAAGUGUCACUGAACUAAAAGCUGACUUUCCAGACAAUGUCGUGAUUGCUAGCAUCAUGUGCAGUUACAGCAAAAAUGACUGGAUGGAACUUUCCAAAAUGGCUGAGGCUUCUGGAGCAGAUGCCCUGGAGUUAAAUUUAUCAUGUCCACAUGGCAUGGGAGAAAGAGGAAUGGGCCUGGCCUGCGGGCAGGAUCCAGAGCUGGUACGGAACAUCUGUCGCUGGGUGAGGCAAGCUGUUCAGAUUCCUUUUUUUGCCAAGUUGACCCCAAAUGUCACUGAUAUCGUAAGCAUUGCAAGAGCUGCAAAGGAAGGUGGUGCAGAUGGUGUUACAGCCACCAACACUGUCUCAGGUCUAAUGGGAUUAAAAGCUGAUGGCACACCUUGGCCAGCAGUGGGCUUUGGGAAGCGGACUACAUACGGAGGAGUGUCUGGCACAGCAAUCAGACCUAUUGCUUUGAGAGCUGUGACCUCCAUUGCUCGUGCUUUGCCUGGAUUUCCCAUUUUGGCCACUGGUGGAAUUGACUCAGCUGAAAGUGGUCUUCAGUUUCUCCAUAGCGGAGCCUCGGUCCUCCAGGUAUGCAGUGCUAUUCAGAAUCAGGAUUUCACUGUCAUCCAAGACUACUGCACUGGCCUCAAAGCCCUGCUGUAUCUGAAAAGCAUUGAAGAACUACAAGGCUGGGAUGGGCAGAGUCCAGCUACAGUGAGUCACCAGAAAGGGAAACCAGUUCCCCGUAUUGCUGAACUCAUGGGAAAGAAACUGCCAAGUUUUGGACCUUAUCUUGAGCAGCGCAAGGAGAUCAUAGCAGAGAACAAGAUUAGACAGAAAGAACAAAAUGCAGCUUUGCCACCACUUGAGAGAAAGCAUUUUAUCCCCAAAAAGCCUAUACCUACCAUCAAGGAUGUCAUUGGAAAAGCACUGCAGUACCUUGGAGCAUUUGGUGAACUGAGCAACCUAGAGCAAGUCGUGGCCGUGAUUGAUGAAGAAAUGUGUAUCAACUGUGGCAAAUGCUACAUGACCUGUAAUGACUCUGGCUACCAGGCGAUACAGUUUGAUCCCGACACCCACCUGCCCACCAUCACUGACGCCUGCACCGGCUGUACUCUGUGUCUCAGCGUCUGCCCUAUUAUCGACUGCAUCAAAAUGGUUUCCAGGACAACACCUUAUGAACCAAAGAGAGGCUUGCCCUUAGCUGUGAAUAAUCUGGUGUGUUAAGGUGAUUUGUGAAACUGUUGCUGCGAACUUGGAGGCCACCUACCUGUGCCGAUCUUUUUUAAUUGUGAUCAUUGUGUUCGGCUCUUGCUAAAUGGAAACAAAUAGAUAAUUUCUGAAUACAUUUCUAAAUGAAAACUGUAGCUUUCUAAAUAAAUUUCCAAAUU